GCCGGGACUCACCUUGCUCAGGCUCGCUCUCCAGGAUGAACCGUUGCCGCGAGGGCUAAUGGGACGAGUUUCAGCUUGCUACGAAAGCAUCGCUUGCAGUCAGGCUAGUUGUUUAAUCAUCAGUCACACUGUUUGUUUGUCUCCUAGAUUGAAACAAUACUUCUUCCAGGUGCAAUGCAACCUGACCGUUGAGAAAGAUGGUGUGUGUGGCCCACCCGCAUCUUAACAUCCCUGUACAUUCAACGGUCCCGUCAGCCACCCGGUGUCUUUCCUGCCAUAGUCAUGCACCUGUUGGGCAGUCUAUAGUAAAGUAACGCGUACCAGGCUCUGGAAAAGUCACUAAAAGCCUCUUCUCCGGCACCCUUCUUUGCCGAACAAAGACCUAGUGCUUUCUGCUUUUAUCCUUAUCGAUGCCUCUCUGUAAGCGAUGUUCCUAAUACGGCAGUAUUCGUCCAGUUUCGGCUUUUAUUCCAUCAUCACUACCGGAUGGUUCUUCUGAAAUGCAGAGACAGAAAUCAAUAGAAGGGGUUUGGGGCCCAAGCACGAUAGAAAGCGGCACUAGCCAGUCUGCUUUCCAACCGACAGACAAGAGACACUCGCUCGAAUUUGAAGACAUGGACGAUUUCUCGGAACAGGAUCCGGUAUCCGACGAUAGAUCCUGCUCGUCUGCCUCCGUUCUUUCCGCCGUAUACGACAGUGAGUGUAUUCAUGGGCGUUAUUACCAUGGGUACAAGCUGGGGCGAUACCCGUUUCCCAAUGACGAAAUGGAGCAACAGAGAGAAGAAAUUAUACACGCAAUCAUGAUGGAAAUAGCGGACGGUCGCUUGUUCUACGCGGAUGCUGGGGAACAUCCACAGAAGAUUAUUGAUAUUGGUACCGGCACAGGGACGUGGGCAAUAGAUGCGGCCGACACUCACCCCAGUGCCAGUGUUAUCGGCACCGAUUUAUCUGCUAUACAGCCAACCUGGGUGCCUGUCAACCUUCGAAUGUUUAUUGAUGACUGCGAGGAGCCAGACUGGCUACAUGGAUCUGGUUUCGACUUGAUCCAUUAUCGUGGAAUGGCAGGCUCCGUACGCGAUUUCAGUAAACUUGUACAAAAAUCAUACCCCCACGUUAAACGAGGCGGCUGGAUAGAAGUCCAGGAGCUCGUGCCCAUAAUCAGAUGCGAUGACGAGUCUAUGACAGCUAAUGAUCCUCUUGCACUUUUUUACAAGGCAUAUGAAGCGGGAAUGCGUCAGCUAGGUUUCAAUCUUCACACACCUGAAGACCUUGUUGAGGUGCUCAAGAGUGCUGGGCUCAUCAACGUCCAGUGCAUUCAACACAAAGUCCCGGUUGGGGGGUGGUCUGAAGACCCAAAGCUGCGGGAAAUUGGGUUGCUAAACAAGGCCGCAAUAAGUGCUGGGCUGGGUGCCAUGGCAUCCAAGCCCAUGGUUGCUCUGGACCUUUCACUCGAGCAUCGGAAAAGCAUCACCAAGUAUGCUCGACUGAGCUUGGACAACGGGAGGGUUCACAGGUACAUGACUUGCUGCUUUGUCUAUGGGCAAAGGCAAGUAUCGCCUGAUGGAGUAGCAUAAUUUGUAAUUUAUAUAAAACAAUCCGGAGUCCCCAAGAGGUAUGCAGAGCUUGGGGGAAUGCGAACUAAGAAAGAUAAAGACAAGACAAUGUACAGGGAUUUGCUCUGUGUAACACCCACAGGGACAAUUCUGGAAGAAAUACAACACAAUGUAGACAAACAGCUGGUAUGCCAACAAUGUAUUGUUCCGCAUUUCUUUGUUACUGUGCGCUUAAUGUGUUGUCAGGGAGCGAACCAAUAGCGUAGACUUUGUUGUUGCUUGCCGUCUGUUGAUGCCGCUGUCAAUAGCGGAGAGCGCUGUAAUGGCGGUCACCUUAGCGCUACAGUAGCCCUACCAC